UGUCUCUCUCCGAUGCGCCUCUUUGACCUUUCAGAAUGAGUGAAAAAUAUUAAAAGAAAAGUUACUUGAAGAGCUACUAAUAUUCUUUUUUUUCGCACUUACUUCAUGCCUUUCAUACGAAACAAAAGCGCUUGACUGAAUGUUUAAAAUCGAACAAAAAGCAAAGAAGCUCUUGGCGAAAAGUAAAAUUUAAGGUUCCGAUCUUCGUCACGUGAUCAAAGCUCGCUUGGAUCGUCUGCUGGUAUCCGCAAUGAACGAUGGGAAGAGUUGUGGAACCGCAGUGAAAAUCAUAUGUGGGCUGUGAUGAUCUUUCACAACCUGAGAUAUUACUGUUAUCUUCAUACAAAUUACAGCCAUCCAGGCCUUGGAUUCUUUGAAUGACCAAAUCUAUGAUUUCUUUUUAAAUUCUCUGUCACAUGGAAAUUUAAGUCAAGAUCCCAGAUGGAGUCACCAGUGUCACUACUCGGUGGCUAUCACGCGUCGUCUCCUCAUCGACGCCCAAGAAGAAUUCAAGAAAAUGAUGUCCGACAACAAGGCCCUUGGCGUCAGGAUAGACAAAGACAUACAGUCUGCUCAUCUCCAGGUGUCAAGGCUGCGGGCUGAACUUGCCGACACCAACAAAAGGAUAAAAGAAAUCUGCUCUACCGCAGAAGUAUCGGUCAUGGCUGGAAAUGUCAUCACAACUUGCAUGCCACCCACUUCCACCACCAAUACUACAGUUAUUAGCACGGCUGAAGGACAUUGGCUGCAAGAGGUUGGAAAGGAACAUCCAGUCACCAGGGUUGAAACAUCAGCCAGAGUCCUGCGAGCCAUGACUUCUUCUCCCCCUAUAGCGGACAAAGGUGGUACGAAGUCACCAACGAGAGAACUUCAGCAAUCGGAUGUAACACGUCGCUAUGUAUCACCGAAACGUCAAGGGUCAAAAGAUAAGCCAACGAACGGAUUUCCAUCAAGCCAAAGUGACAUCGAAUCUUCUCCAAGAGAACGGCGCACUGUGGAGGUUCCAAUUAAUGGAAACGAAAAGCCCCAAGUGCAUCCUAGGCAGUCGCUCAGCAAAACCACGCAAGAUAGUUUAACCCAAAACCAACGAGGUGAUUUGAACCCGAAAGAGAAGCCAGAUAGCUUGACCGAGAGUUCAGAAGCUAGCGAAGAAGGUGUCGUUUCCAAACACAGGAAUCACCAUCACCGUCGAGAAAGGAGAUCUUUAAAAAGCAGUGAUGUUCAGAAAUCUGUGUUAAACGAUUUGAAAUCUCAGUCAGACAGUUUGAAACUUGACGAUUCGAAAUCUGAACUACAAAGAUCAGAAUCUGAUGGUAACCAAAACUCAGCACCCGAAUGUGAUCUCAGUAUUAACGGAUCUCCUUUUAAAGAGGGUAGCACGAAAUCCUCUUUGGAUGAUUCAGCAUUCAACAACUCUACGUCAAAAUCGCUUCAACCAAAUAAUAAAGUUACUGAUGACUCCAAAGUAGAUGAAUGUUGUAUAGAUCGCCAUAGAAGUAGUCCACCGGUGAAAGACGAAUCUAACGCACAAUGUUUUUCUUUCACGAAAGACUCCCCCCUCCUCUACCAGCCGAAAGAUUCCAGUAAUGGUCAUAGGUUUAAGGCCAAGACAAAAAGUGAUCCCUUAGACAAACGCGGUGAUAAAAGUGCUCAAGAAUUCUCAGUGCUUUCAAGCCCUAGUUCUGUGAUGAAACAUAAAACUAAUAUUUCCAGUUACCAUAGAGGAAUAAGUAAUUGGGAAAAUAGGCAUUUCGAACGAAAAGACGCUUCGUAUCCCUGGUACAAAACGCAAGAUUCCUCCGGCACUAGUGGCAAAAGCCCAAUGGAGGACUCAUCCUCUAAAGAUGAGAUAUCCGAUUGUCAGGAUCGUCUGUCUUCUGAUUUCUGUGAUCGUAGACCUGAAACAGAUGAUUCGAAUGGUAGGUAUAUUGUAUAUGAUUCGAAAGAUUCUAAAAGAUCCUCACGUGAGUGGAGGACUGCACUUAGUGAAAGUUACAGGGAGCAGCAAGUGCCGGAUGCUUGGAUUGACUCAAAGGAUCAAUUGGAUUCGAAAGAGUUAGAUAAUAAAAAUCAAACUCGUGAUAAAAGUGAUCAAUUGCCUGGUCCAAGUAAUUUGUGUGCUAAAACAUCUGUCAACUUGGAUUACUCUCUUUAUAAUAGUACUUCCAAGUCAUCUCAGGAAGAGGGUCCAACUAAUUUGGCUUCAGAAUUAGAUUCACUGAAGAUCAAGAACAGCGCCCUUCUCAGGGAUCUCGAGGAAGUGAUGGAAUCGAGAGAUGAUAAAGCGAAGGAAAAUGCUGUCAUGUCUGCCAAAUUAGAACAAAUAGAGAAGGAAUUAAAACAUGCCAAAGAAGCUCUUUCCGCCUUAAAGCAAGACCGCAAGAGACUGAAAGCUGAAAAAUUCGAUCUUCUGACGCAAAUGAAACAACUGUACAGUACAUUGGAAGACAAAGAAGCGGAGCUCCGUGAAUUUAUUCGCAAUUACGAACAAAAAAUGAAAGAGAGUGACGAAAAUAUGAAACAGAUGGCUAAAGAACGUGAAGAGCUAGAGCAAGAGAAAUGGAGUAUAUUGAAGAGGGCCAGGGACGAAGCAGAACGAGCUGUUCUGCUCUGUACUCAACUGGGUCUGAAGGAUGCUCACAUUAAAGAACUACAGGAUGAAGUGAAUAGGCUACGGGAUAAGCACAUGUCUCCAGGUCAUGAUAUUCGCCAGACAAACGGUUAUGGUAGUCCAGGAUCCAUGUCUUACAGAACAGCUAACGGCAUUGAUUCAAGGGGUACUCCCACACCUACACCUGGAUCAGAUCCUACAACAUCUCCAUCCUAUGCUGGGACACCCACCAUUGCUUCUCAAUAUCCCGAUGUUAUGUCACCAAACAGAGUGUCAAUGAUUCAAAGUUCUUCCCCCGACCACCGACCCUCUCUUCUCUCUAGAUCUGCAGAAGAUAUCUUCAAUUGUGAUAUGAGUGCAAUGAACAGCGUGAAGAAAAAGUCUAAAGAGAAAAAGGGUACCUGGGGAUCCAUCUCACGAGUAUUUUCUCGAAACAAGAAAAGGAAACCCCUCGAUCCAGAUCUUUUUGAGAAUUAUAGGUCAUCGUGGUCACCCAAAGAGAGUCCGAUGAAUGAAGAGAGUUAUGUUCAGAAACUUCGCCUUCUGGAGGAGACCCACGGGACUCCUAUGCAACACUGGAGAGCUGCCACUGUUCUCGCUUGGCUCGAGAUCACCAUGGACAUGCCACAGUAUGGAGCUGCAUGUGCUGAGAAUAUUAAAAGUGGAAAGCUUUUAUUGGAGCUGUCGGACUCAGAACUAGAAGAAGGUUUAGGCAUUUCUAAUGUUAUGCACAGGAGAAAGCUAAGGCUAGCAAUAGAGGAACACAGGCAACCCUCUUUAUGCCGCUAUCCCAAGAUCUGCCUCAUGACCCACUCUUGGGUAGUGGAAGAGUUUCUACCAAGCAUCGGCCUUAUGUGUUACCUACCGAGCUUCUCAGAACAUUUGGUGGAUGGAAGGGUUCUGGAUACUCUCACCAAGAAGGAUCUGGAGAAGUAUUUUGGCAUUUCGAGAAAGUUCCAUCAAUUAAGUAUCAUGCACGCUAUUCAACUACUCCGGAUACUGAAUUUCGAUCGACAGAUUUUAAAUCAGAGACGAGUGAAUAGUGAAAAUAUGGAUAUAGAUCCUUUAGUGUGGACCAAUCAACGAAUUGUAAAAUGGGCAGCAAGCGUAGAUCUAGGCGAAUACGCUGAAAAUUUGCGAAACACUGGAGUUCACGGUGCCCUUGCAGUUCUGGAACCCUCGUUUACAGCGGACACAAUUGCAACAGCCCUUGGGAUACCUACUUCCAAAAAUAUUAUUAGGAGGCAUUUAACGACAGAAUGGCAGAAUCUAAUUCAACCUGCAAGGUUGUCUCUAGAGUCUGAGAGUAUGGUAGCCAAGAAAUCUAAAUCAGAGAAACGCCUAGCCAGUGGAAGUAGUUCCAUUUCUUUAGUGUCCCAGGGGAGGAGCAGUAGUAGUGGCAUUAUGCCUUCAUAUGCAAGGCGUACACUUGAUCGCUAUGAUCGAAGGCGGUCCAGUUGGAGGUUUUCUACUUGGAAAAGUUCACAGGAAUCUUUGAGAUCUCUGACAUCUUCUAAGAAAACCUCACCUGCAACCACCACUUCAGCGGAGAGACCUCACAUUCUUCCCCUCUCACCAAAGCUGAAUACAACUAGGCACCGAAGAACGUUUUCUUCACAUUCCGAUGUAGAAACACUCACUGUAACUCCAGUCUAAACGCUUAUGUCGACGGUGGAUGCAUUUUUAAUGCGAGCAGCAAGAAUUUGGAGAAUAAUUAUUGUUACUAAAUUUCAUAAGUAAAUUAUGACUGAAAAUACUCAGAGAUAUAAAAAAAAUUAUGAUAUUAUAUAUCUACAUUUGCAUUGCAUUUAAAUUUUCUUUCUCAAAUAAGAUUCUAUUGAAAUUUGGAUUUUCAAAUCUAUAAGAUUGAUUUGAAAUUUGGAACUGAGUUCCUUUUCUUAAUGCAUAUGUAAAGCAAAAUAUUAACUUUAAAUUAUAUAUUUGUGUAAAGUGAACUAUUGUCACAAAAAGAAUGUAUUAAAAUUUUUUUGUCAUUUCAAUACUUUCAUGCAGAAUGCUUUUUUUUAAAAAUAUAAGUAGCAAGAAUAAUUAUAUAUUAAUACAUUCCAAUUAAUAAUUCAUUUAAACAUUGUUUCAGUUUAAAUUAAAACUUUAAUUUUAUACUACUUUAAUCAUAUUAUCAUUCAAUAAUACAACACAAUUCUAAAAUAAAUUUUUUUUAGUAAAUGCUUAUCAGCAAUGACAAUAGACUGAAUUUUAAAAAGCGAAUAAUAUUAAAUUAAAAAAAUGAGUUUUAUAAAUUAUUUAGAAUUAUUUACAAAUAAUUUUUACAAUUAACUGCAAGGUGAAAAUAUAUUUCGUAAAUUAUUUAUAAUGCAUACAUCACUAAAAAUUGAAAAUGUAAAUGAAAAUUGAAUUAUGAAAAUAUAAUAUUUAACUGCAAAAUUGCACAGUUUUAAAAUUAAAAACUAAUGUAUAUGAAUUGUGUAAACUUUUGAAUAACUUUUUCUCAAUAAAAUGAAUGUAAUCUUUAUUUACACUAAAUUUGAAUUUUAUCAUGAUUCAUUCUGUAUAAAUUUUAUGCCAUUUUAAAGCACGAAUAAAUGUAUGUUGAGUGUAAUUUGCAAUCAUUUACCAGAAUUUAAGAAUUGGUAACUUUGCAUUAAUUAAAAUUUUCAAUCAUUUAUCGAAAUUUUCUCCGAAAAAAAUAUUCAACCACUCUGUGUUCUUGGUGGAAAAUAAAAAUGUAUUGCAAUUUAUUAUUAUACUAUUUGAUGCAAAUAUUUGCUUUGCAAAUGAAAUGACAACUACAAAUUAUCUAAAUUUGAAUGCAUCCAUCUAUUUGUAUUAUAUUGUGCAGGAGUAUGGAAAGCUAGCAUUUUAAGUUAUAUUGUGCAGCAAAAUGUUCUGUUAAAUAUGUUUUUGGCUUCCUGCUCGUUGGAUUUGAAAAAAUAAAUACUUGUACAUUAAAAGUUGGUUAUUAAAGUUACUUUAUUCCACUUUC